GUGGAGAGGGGUAGGGGUGUUUUUGUGUGUAUGAGUAGGGUGUGUGUGUGUGUGUGAGAGUGAGUGAAAGAUCCUAUCUAUAGAUGUGGUAUGUGUUUAGGCGUGUGUGAAAGAUUUAUGCAGUCUAGCUCGCUCAAAGCGAAGAUGCACAGAGAGAUCAGAUUUUCUGUGUGGCUCAAAAUUUUUCCUAAAUACAUAUCUGUUCUUUGUACUUAAAACACAUGCACAGCGAAAUUUUGCAUUUGACAAAAAGACUUCUGUGUCUCGCCGAUUAGCCUAUGCGCAUACUAGACUAUAGUUACUUUGUGCUUGUGAUGUGUAUAGUUGUGAAAGAUUGCUCUGUUUGUGGCUUGCAUUUUGUCGUCCAUCUCACGUAGGGGCGUAUCGGCGAUUUUUGAAGUUUUGAGUUAUACAUAGUUCAUGAAAGCGGAGAUCGAGAUUUAUGUUCUCACGAAGAGGCGUAUCGCUAGCUCUAAUCGUUACAGAGACGUGCGUUUUGUGUAAUUAGGCGUAUCCGACAGUCCCAUUCUUCUAGUCUCACGCACAGGCGUAUAAGUCUAUACGCCUGUUCGUGUGAUUGAAAAUGAAACUUUUUUCAUUCAUCUGCGGUCACACAAACAGGCGUAUAGACAUAUACGCCCCUUCGUGAGACUAGAAUCAAGUCCCUUCAGGGAAAAGAUAUCAAAACAUAUUGAUCGGUUCCCGAGAGUUGAGUCCCAUUUCUGCAGGGCGUCUACUUCCAAAGAAUACCUCAACCCAGACUUAACUCUACCAAAGAUGUAUGCUAUGUUCCUAGCAGAAAAUGAUGAUGGUUACAUGCCGAGCUUCAGCACCUACGCAAGGGUGUUCAAUGACAUGAACAUUGCCUUUCACAGACCAAAAAAAGACCAGUGUUCGUUGUGUAUGUCUUUUCUGAACGGGACUGAUUCACAGAAAGAAGAGCUGAAAGAGCGCUACACUAAGCACAUCGAUGAAAAAGCAAAAGUAGCACUGCCCUCAAACACGCAGGCGAUGUGUUUGUGCCAUGCCAGCUUAUACCAAUUUUCACGCUGGCAAGAAAAAAGCACCCUUACUCUGUGCAUCCACUGCAAGUUGAAUACUUCUGGGAUUUUAAAAAUCUGUCACAAGACUUUAAAAUUCUCAGUGUGAGAAGAGACUCCGAUGACAAAGAACCUGUCAACUGGACAAACAUAAUGGAGUUGAAAGUCACAAAUGAUCAUCCGUCUACUGUCUUUUACAAAAACAGUCACAAACAGGAGACAUACACGUCCCUCACAUUAAAGCGUCAACAGGCUGAUGUCAAGAAAUUUCCGUUGUUGAAGCUGAACAGUGGGCCCAUCAAUAUUCCUGCUUCAAAGUAUGAGGACCUCAUUUCCCUGGUCUCCGGAAAUACGGCUCUUGUGAGAGCUGAUGAGCACAAAGCGUUCUAUAUGUCUUUGCCUCACUAAGCUGUGUAUUCAUUCAUUUUCGAAGUUCCUAAGCAUAUUUUUACUUGAUGUAUAAGUAGGCCUACCAAUUUAAAAACAUCUUCCAUUUUCAGAUAAUAAAAAAAAAUUGAGACACGCAUUUAUAAUUAUUGUUCUGUCUAGACCCAAUGAUUUUCAAUUUCAUGUAUAACGUAAAAUGAGGAUGCGUUCACUGAGGUAGGACGUUUGCGUGCGUGUGUGUAUGUGUCUGGUGUCUGCGUGACGUGAGCAAUAUGGGAAUAAAAAGACAUUAUAGGCCCUAACCUUUUUCAAUGAUACCCCUGUACUGCGCCCUGGAGUUCUUUUUAUGUUUGAUAAUGAUCGUAGCAAGCUACGGCUGCUUGUUCGGUAUUUUAUAAUGAUAUUACAACUGCUCAGCUGAAUGCUGCUAUGUCAAUGAGUUUGAUUUGUUUACUUUAUUAAAUCCAAGGUGGAUGCAUGGUAAAAUCAGUUUUGGUUUAAUAUUUCGUGACAAAAAUAUUGCUGCCUGAAACAAAUGUGUGUUUAAUACAAUUUGUGCACUUGGUUCUUUUGUAUUUCUUCUAACGCGAUUAAAAUAUUUCAAAGGAA